UACCCUGAAGUUGUAUGUUGAUGGCGUGUGCGUGACACUCGUUUGACAAUUUAUUAAUGUUAAAAAUUUCGUUUUGUCCAUAAAUAAGCAUCAUUCCUAAAAGAAUACUAUGAAAGAUUAAAUGUUCAAUCGAGAGAUACAAUUUAAAAGUUAAAACGCUUAUCAUAUCUAAACGAAAUAAUUGGCGGAUAAUGCCAACAUUUUUAGUCCUACAAAGUGCAAAAAUUUAAUAGUGAUGCAUACUAGCAUAAGCGCACAGCAAAGCCCGGCAAAUAUGCAGACGGUUGUGGACAGAGAAAAGAUUUACACUUGGAUAUUAGAAUUAUGCAAUCCAGAAACUCGUGAAAAUGCUUUAUUGGAACUAAGUAAAAAGCGGGAAGUGGUGCCCGACUUAGCGCCUAUGUUAUGGCAUAGCUUUGGUACGAUAGCAGCUCUGCUCCAAGAAAUUACGAAUAUUUAUGUUGCAAUGAUUCCUCCCACAUUGACAGCUCAUCAGAGUAACCGGGUCUGUAAUGCUUUAGCUUUAAUGCAAUGUGUUGCUUCUCAUCCAGAAACCAGAUCUGCAUUCUUGCAAGCUCACGUACCUUUGUUCCUGUAUCCAUUUUUACACACAGUAUCCAAAACCCGCCCUUUUGAAUAUCUACGCCUUACUAGUCUAGGAGUUAUUGGAGCAUUAGUUAAAACUGAUGAACAAGAAGUUAUAACAUUUUUGUUAACCACUGAAAUUAUUCCUUUGUGCCUUCGCAUAAUGGAAAAUGGGUCGGAACUAUCAAAGACUGUAGCAACAUUUAUUUUGCAAAAGAUAUUACUGGAUGAUAGUGGAUUAUGCUACAUAUGCCAGACAUAUGACAGAUUUUCGCAUGUAGCUAUGAUUUUGGGAAAAAUGGUAUUGUCAUUAGCAAAAGAUCCAUCGGCAAGACUGUUGAAACAUGUGGUCCGGUGUUAUCUACGUUUAUCUGAUAAUCCUAGAGCAAGGGAAGCCUUACGUCAAUGUCUUCCAGACCAACUACGAGAUGCUACAUUUACUGCAUGUUUACAAGAAGAUAAUUCCACAAAACAUUGGCUAGCUCAAUUGAUAAAGAACCUAGAAGCUCAGCCCCCACCUGCUAGUCCAGCACAACCGAACAUGUACAAAACAAGAUGAAAGCACUUAUUCUGUGCAGAUGUAGUGGAGAGGAUAAAAGAAAUAAACUUUUUCAAAUUUU